CUCGCUUUUAUUUUGCCUCGUAGCAAAUAUCGGGGUCUUAGAUCAUAAUUUCUGCUUUUGUCCAACAGCGAUCUUUCUCGCAACUAUCUCAAUGGAUCGAUCCCUGCAGCAUGGGCUUCCCUUCCUCUCACCGAUUUGUCGCUUUUGGGAAAUCACAUUUCUAGAACAAUUCCAAAGGAGCUAGGAAACAUCAUGACACUCAAGUCACUAGUCAUUGAAGUUAACGAGGUCGAAGGACCUCUUCCUCCAGAGCUUGGUAAUUUGCGCAGCUUGGAGAGAUUGCAUAUGCAAGGCACAUCUAUGACGGGACCUAUUCCUUCCAACAUCUCUUUCUUGGUGAAUCUAACUGAACUGAGGAUAUCUGAUUUGAAUGGAUCGAGCAUGCCUUUCCCUGCAUUGGGGGAUAUGACCAAAAUGCAGAAAUUGUGAGUUGAAUGGAUAUACCCC